ACCCUUGCAAGCGUUGCAGAUGGCGUCAAAGUUUAACUUAUAAGAAACCAUGCUUCUAGGCGCUCGUCAAUGCAUCGGGACGCGAAUCCUGUUGGUCACGGCCUUGCUGAGAGGUUUGGCAUCCGGAGCGGAGCCUCAAGUUUACGUUCCAAUUAAGGGAAAAUUCAAGAUUGUGACGGCAUCUCAAGGAUCCUAUCCAUACGCUCCAUCGUACAGCAAUGCUCCCACAGUAAAAGUGGUGCGUGGCACACCUCUUUCAAGUUCAGGAGGCUAUGGCCAAAGACCUUACGGCCACCGUCCCGCGUCUUACGUCAGGGCGAAUCAAGGCAACGAUGGCUAUUUCAGCAGUUUCUUCCGCUCUAUGUUCGGUAAUAACGCAUAUGGGUCAAGUCCUAACUAUAUUCCGACUGGUUAUAAGGUCGUGAAAAUCCCGAAAACCAAGUAUCGGCCCUCCGCAGGUGGAUACACGGGACGUCCUCUGUACCCAGACAAGCAGCCUCAACAUUCUUACUCUCCGUCAUACUCUUCGUCGUUCCAGGGUACAUAUCAUCAUGAAAAAUACAAAGCACCUCAUAAACAUAGUUUUAAAGCCUAUCAUCAGGACGAUAAAUCACACAAUAACAAUCACCCAAUGUAUCACGAUCUCGACGAUUUCUACAAAGCCCCCAAACAUAAAGAUAUCUAUCAACCACAUGAGAACUAUGACAUCCACGAGUCGCAUGGUCAUAAUUACCAUAAAUCACUUGAGCACCACAAAUCACAUGAGCACCAUAAAUCACAUGAGCACCAAAAGCAUAACUCUCAUGAGUUCCAUGAUUUUAAUAAAUCACCCGAACACUCAAACGAACAUCACGACGCACAUCAUCAAGCACAUCAUCACGCACAUCACCACCGGCCCAGUUUUUCCUCGGAGGCUCUCCAUUCUUCAUUCUUCCGCUUCUCCUCUGAGCAUGAGCACCGCCAUUUGAAUCAUCCUCACAAACAGCAUUCUUCGUCAAUAGAACAUUUCGAUGACGCAUCGUUCCACACACCUCUUCCUCUGCCAAAUAAAAAUCCAAAAAAGUAUCUGGGCUUCGAAGAAGCCAAAGAAGAAAUAUUAAAAGCAAGUGCUUUGAGAUAUUCUUCAGAAAAAUCCGGCAGUACAGCAAGUACCGAGUACAAAAAGAAUAAAUCUGUUCGCAAACCUCAUAAGAAGACUACUGAGCCUCCAUAUAAGACCACUUCAAAUGAAUCCAACAAAUAUAAAGCUAGUGUAGAGAAAGAGGCUUUAGACGAAAUGACACGAGAAGAAAAGUUUAUCGAAUUUCUGAGGCAAAACAUGAAUAAAAUUGAAGUCCAAACUUCACCACCCCUUCCUAAUGUCACGAGACCGUUAGAUGUGUUGAGGAGUUCAGCAUUCCAAGUAAAUCUGCCUCUGGAAGAUGAGAGUACCGAGCGAUCAGUUAGGCUGCAAACUUCAUCAAGCAAUAAUCUCAAUGUCAAAGCACAGCCUACGCCUUUUAGUAAAAUUAAGCCAGACUACGGAAACAACGAUUGGAUCCCAAACGCUCCUCUUUAUGGGUUCCGUAUUGCUGAUGAAUUAAAAAGUCUUCAGACGCAAAUUCAACCUUCGAUCUCAAAGCCAACUCAAAAACUUCGGAAAGAGGAUCUCGAAAAACAAGUGCAUUUAACAUCAACAAAUUUGAUAAAAUCCUCUGACAGUUUAGGAACGCUUUCAAAAGCUGCAAUAGUAGAGCCUUUGCCUAACUCGCGUUUCAGGCGAACAUCAAAUUCAUCAGAUACAACAACCAAACAUAAAUUACAAACCAAAUCAGAAAAUUUCAGAACUGAAUCGGCUAAUUCUGAAACGCAGCAGAAGGAGAGACAAUUCAGGUACCAGCGCUCGUCCACUUCCACUGGUCUCAAAAAAGAAGUAAAUACGUUCAGAGAGACUGCUCGAGAAGAUAACUUUCCUCGGCCUUAUGCCUCAAGAAAUGAUCAUAACAAUAACCCUGGCUCAUUUGCAUGGGCGGCUGCAGAGCCCUACAAUCAACGUUCAAGAGCUUCAAACGACAUCAGAGUUCUGGGAGGAGUUAGUUUUGCGGACGAUUAUUAUGACGAUGGAAUUCCAGUUGGUAUCGAUGACCUACACUCGCUUAUAGGCGCUUAUGCUCGUGCUGUUCGCAAUCAGCAUUACGUAAAAAAUGACAGAGAAUAUAGUGAAAAAGAUUGGGAAGAAUGGGUAUCAUAUUAUCACCCAGAGUUAGUUCCAUAUCUUGCAAUGAAAUCCAUCGCGGACAACAAAAGAAAUGUCGCCGAUAGUUCAAUUUCAGCAUCAGAAAGUCCGAGCCAGUUUAGACCAUUGCGUCUGGAAGGCAAUCACUACGUUCCGUCCACCCCGACACAACUGAAAGGUUCUGGAGGACGAUCACAACAAAACGAAAAAUCUUACCCCGAAUCGUUUCCACAGCAACAACGAUCUCAUUUGUCUCUUGUGAAACAAGCAAACCAAGUUCACUCCACAACCCAGCAACGACAUCAUUUCCAGGAGCAAUCUAGUCCUUUCCAAUAUGAAAUGGCGUCUUCCCAGAGGCAUCAGUUUCAAGCCCUUCCUCCACUACAACCACCAACGCCUAAACAAGAUGACAACGUCCUAAAGUUAUUCGGAGUUGAUAACGUGCUAGGAGCCCUAGAAAUGGUCAUGGAGGCUGUAGAAAACACUGAUACGGGGGAGAAACUUUAUCUGGUAAGAAGUUCUACGAACAACCUGAGAGAGAAAAAUAAGAACGUAACGCCAUCAGUGAAUAAUUUUGGCAACGAAGGUGUGACUUCGCGACCUGUUUCACAAUUAACGUUGCAGCCGGCAAUUCAACUCGACUUCGAUGAGAUCAAAGGAAAGGACACCCCUCUGGCCCCCCACGCUGCAUAUUUCUUUUAAUUUGAACCCAAUUUCUUGCAUUGACUGAAUUUUCUUCAAAGUCAGGCCUUUUUAAGGUACACAAUGUUAUGCGUGUAUGGGAACACUUUUUUUUACUUCAUUCCUAAUUACGUUCUCCUAAUUUAUGCAGCGAAGUUAUUUACAGUGCCAAUGCUUUGCGUUGAACAAACGGUGCGGUGAUACAGUGCCAAUAUACGGUUUAAAAAGCACAACGCUAUUGUUAUUUAUUUUUUAGAAGAACUCUUGCGAAAAGUAAGACUUGUAGGUAAAUGGCACGUAAGGAAUUAUGUCAGCUCGUAGUUUGAACAAAUUGUCUUCUGACAUCUUUGCUUCGGUCGGAUUAUAUAACUAUGUAGAUAGAUCAAUGGAAGUUUGUGCUAAUGUUCAAGUAAUAAUAUGACUCAAAAUAAAUGCAUCUACUAAGAUCUAAUUUCGGCAAUGCUCUAUUCUGAAAGGAACUUCCGACUGGCUGACAUAAAUUUGUUUCUCAGUGCUAGAUUUCCAUACUAUACCUACAAUGUAAAUACGGUCAAGAUUAUUUCGCUCGACUAUCUGUGCGAAUAUUGUUCCUGUGUAAGAUUCUGCAGUGUCUACCAUAGCUUUAACUGCUGAAUAUAAUUAUUAUAUUGCAUGUUUAUUAGGUCAUAAGAACUGAACCCACUUGACUGCGGGGGCUGCCAAGAAAUAAAUUGAUAAAAAGCAUCAUAAAAUGAUGAACGGCUACUUUUUAUCUAAGAACAUAAUGCCCAUUUUCUACACAAGUAAGCUUUUUGUACAAACUAUUUAUAGAAGAAUAAAUACAACUCGCUCAAAAGCUUGA